GUUCUGUAUAAUACCACUUUUUUAUUUCUGAGCUAAUUAAUAUGAAGAAAAAAUUUCCUUAUAAUUUAGAAGGUUUAACUUGGGAUAAUGAGCAUAAACGAAAUAUUGAAGAUAAAUAUUGUUAUUGUGGUAAAGGAAUCAAAGAAGAUCAACCUAUGAUUCGUUGUGAUAAAUGCAAACAAUUCUUUCAUCGAGGUAAUUGACAUUAUAUACUUAAGAUCAACAAGUAUUGAAGACUGCUUUUUGUUUUUUGUUUUUAAAGAUUGCAUUAAUUGUAUGGUUAAACCUUUGUUAUUUGGAGAUACAUUUGGUGUUUUUAAUUGUUCAGUAUGUAAUGAAGGACCAGAAACAUUUCAAAGAAAAGGAUUAAGCUGGAUCUCUAUUGUUCAUUUAGUUAUUUAUAAUUUGAUAAGAAACGCACAAAUAGAGGAUGAGAAAAAACCCAAAAAAGACAGACGAGAUCAUUAUUACUUUCGCUGGAAAGAAGACGUAUGUGCGUUUAUUGAUAAUUAUUGGGAUUAUCUUAUACCUGAUAAGCAAAGAUCUUUAACUUGGAAUAAUACAAUCGCAAGUGUUUUAUCAACUCAUAGUAAUAUAUUUCUGUCAGGCUUGGAAAAAUUUCAUCAGAGUGCUUGGUGGACACUUCACAAGAUAGAACCACCAUCAAGUGAAAAGAAGUCAAAGGCAGCAGCAAAGUUAAAACCAAAUUUAAAAAAACCGUUAAAAAGAACGAAAAUAGAAAACGAUAAUUUACCGAAACAAAAGAGACUAAAGAAAAUAAAGAAAGAACAAAGAAAAGAAGAAGAAGAAGACACAGAUUUAUUAGACUUUAGUUCACUGUCAGAAUUAUCCUCUGCUAAUGAAUCAUCUUCAGAAACUGAGGAUAAACCAACUAGAGCUUUUAAAGAAAACAUGGCAAAGAAAAAAAAAUCAUCCAAAGAACAAAAUACAAAACCAGUAGUUAAAGUAAAAGAAGAAGAGCAACCUGUUGCUUUAGCUUCAUUUGGUUCACCAUCUAAACUUAUAUCUGUAAAUAUGUCUCAAUCUAGCAUACCCUCAGUUUCCCCAAACCCUUCACUAUCGCCUUCAUCAACUGUACAAACAUUGCAUACUACUCCUAACUUAUCCCCAUCUGUCAGUAUAACUACAGAAAUUCCAAAAUCUCAAGAAAUACAAUUAAUUUCAGAAUCACCUUCAUUGCCUCCUCAUGAAGAGUCUAUACCCAUUACUUCUACUCCUCAAUCAGUUAAGACAAGUACCCAUACUACUUUGCAAAACUCUUCAUUAGGCACCUCAGCCCUUACACCACAGGGAGAAUGGUUACUUUUACAAAAGCUUGAGCGAUCCUCUAAAAAUUUAACAUCUGCUGCUCAUCGAUAUAAACGUAAAUUAGCUGUACGUAGAUUAAAACGAAAUUUAGGUAUCAAACUCUUUGAUAUAGAUCAGCAUCUUGUAAAUCUAUUAAGAAUGCCAAAACAUAACUUGGAACCUAUUUCUAAAGAAACUAUUAUCCAACCCGCAUCUAAUCAAUACAUAGAGCAGCAACAAGAUGAUCAACAGCAAUUACUUGAUAAAAUCACAUUUACACCUUAUACAUCCUCUUUUGCUUCUCGACUCUAUGGUUCAAUUCGUCAAUGUAAUACAAUUACUCGAGAAGAACCAUGGCUAUCAUCUUGGAAUGGUCGUAAAUUACGUCCUUUCAUAAGACGUGAUUUUCAGAGUAAACCAAAACGUAUGCUUUUAUUAGGACAAAUCAAAGCUUGUAAAGGAAAACCUAUAGCUAAGGGAGAAAAAGAACCGAGUGGUAUAAUAGAAGGUGAAAGUAUUGACUAUGUUUAUUUUCAGAAAGAGCAUUUAGAACAAGUAAACAGGUUAUUAAGUCGAUCCUUUUGGGAGGGCAUUGAUGUUUCAGAAUCUUUGUUAUUUCCAGAAUUCAGUAUUGUAGCACUCUAUAAACGGCAUGUUAUUGGAUGUGCUUUUAUGACACCAGAGGCAUAUAUCACUUAUUUUACAGUUGAUCCUGGAUGGAGAAAUGCUAACAUAGGACAAUUUAUGCUAUAUCACUUAUUUCAAACCGCGAUUGGUAAAGAUAUAACACUUCAUGUCUUUGCAAAUAAUAAUGCUAUGAUUUUAUAUCAAAAGUUUGGAUUUAAACCUGAAGAAUUUAUAGUCAACUUUUAUGACAAAUAUUUACCUGCUGAUAGUUCUUUCAGUAAGAAUGCAUUCUUUUUACGUUUAAGAAGAUAAUAAAGUUUCAUUUUUUGUGUUACGAUUUAUAUACUGUACAACUUGAUAACCCUUACACAAAAG